CUGGUCAGCAUUAUCAUGUCCAGAAGCUAAGCGGCUGGCCUGGCAGGCAUGAGGUCAAGACUUCCCAUCUCACCCGCCUAUAAAAGUCCAGUCAGUGCUGAUGGAACUCAGGAGUGGGCCAGAUGGACGGACACAUUGUAGGCGGGGACCUGCAAGAACAACCGACACAUGCCCAAUCCCAGCGCCAUCGAGCCUCCCCAUUCCCUUUUAGCGCCUUCCCUCACCUUUCUGACCGCUAAGAAAAGAUUUGCCCAGAGCCUGGGGCGCCCCCUGCGGGCACGGGUGGAGCUGCAGCUAUGCCCCGCCCUCCGGAACGCCCCACCGACCCUGGCGCUUCAAAAUGAAGUUCCGGCUGCUCCUGGGGCUCGUGUGGUUGCCCUGGAGACUGGACAGCACUACACACACUCCGCCCGCCCACAGCGCGCAGGCCUGCAGUGGUUGCCGUAGCUACGGGAGGCGAGGGGGCGCAGAGCCCGACGCCACGCCCUAACUCCAUGUAGCCCCGCCCCCAGACUCCCGCCCCGCCCUCCCUGCCGCCUUCGUUCUUGCUGCCGCGGCUUCUACCAGGGGUCUGCGGGGCUGCAGCGGGUGCAGCUGAGGUGCAGCUCAGAGUGGGGGCGCAGGGGACGUGCCAGGCGCAGGCCAAGAAGGGCUGGGCCGUUCCCUCGGGAUGCGGUGCUGAAGCUCAGCAUGGCCGGCCUGGGCCCCACCUUCCCGCUGCACCGGCUAGUCUGGGCGAACCAGCACCGCGAACUGGAGGCCGCACUGCACAGCCGCAAGCACGACAUUGAACAGGAGGACCCCCGAGGGCGAACCCCCCUGGAGCUGGCUGUGACCUUGGGGAACUUGGAGUCUGUGAGAGUCCUCCUUCGACAUAAUGCCAACGUGGGCAAAGAGAGCCACCAGGGCUGGGCAGUCCUGCAGGAAGCAGUCAGCACUGGAGACCCUGAGAUGGUACAGUUGGUACUCCAGUAUCGGGACUUCCAGAGGGCCACACAGAGAUUGGCUGGCAUUCCAGAACUGCUCAACAAACUCCGUCAGGCCCCUGAUUUCUACGUGGAAAUGAAGUGGGAGUUCACUAGCUGGGUACCUCUUGUGUCCAAGAUGUGCCCAAGCGAUGUGUACCGUGUGUGGAAGAGGGGUGAGAGUCUGCGGGUGGACACUAGUCUCUUGGGCUUUGAGCACAUGACCUGGCAGCGUGGCCGGAGGAGCUUCAUCUUCAGGGGUCAGGAGGCAGGAGCCUUGGUGAUGGAAGUGGAUCAUGACCGGCAGGUGGUACACACAGAGACGCUAGGUCCAGCUCUGCAUGAACCAGAAGCGCUGCUGGCUGCCAUGCGGCCCAGUGAGGAGCAUGUAGCCAGUCGCCUCACCUCUCCUAUUGUCUCCACCCACCUGGACACUCGCAACGUGGCCUUCGAGAGGAACAAAUGUGGUAUCUGGGGAUGGCGGUCUGAGAAGAUGGAGGCUGUUAGCGGCUACGAGGCGAAGGUGUACAGUGCCACCAAUGUGGAGCUGGUGACACGCACAAGAACAGAACACCUCUCUGAUCAGGACAAGUUAAGGAACAAAGGGGGGAAGACUCCAUUCCAGUCCUUCCUGGGGAUGGCCCAGCAGCACUCGUCCCACACUGCGGCCCCAGUGCAGCAGGCAGCCAGCCCCACCAACCCUACAGCCAUUUCUGCUGAAGAGUACUUUGACCCCAGCUUCAGCCUGGAAUCGAGAAACAUCGGCCGCCCCAUUGAGAUGUCCAGCAAGGUGCAGAGGUUCAAGGCAACACUGUGGCUAAGUGAGGAGCACCCACUGUCCUUGGGUGACCAGGUGACACCCAUCAUUGACCUGAUGGCCAUCAGCAACGCUCAUUUUGCCAAGCUGCGGGAUUUCAUCACUCUACGCCUCCCACCAGGCUUCCCUGUCAAGAUUGAGAUCCCCCUCUUCCAUGUGCUCAAUGCCCGCAUCACCUUCAGUAACCUGUGUGGCUGCGAUGAGCCCGUGAGCUCGGUGUGCGUCCCCAAACCCAGUUCUGCCAUUGCGGCUUCAGGAAGCCCUUUUCCAUGUGAGGUGGACCCCACUGUGUUUGAGGUGCCCGAGGGGUACAGUGUGCUGGGUGCUGAACGCAGUGAGCCCCUUCGAGAUGAGGAUGAUGACCUGCUGCAGUUUGCCAUCCAGCAGAGCCUGCUUGAGGCAGGCACAGAGGCAGAGCAGGUGACCGUGUGGGAAGCCCUGACCAACACACGGCCUGGCAUUCACCCUUCUCCCCGAGUCACAGUGUUUGAAGAGCAGCUUCAGCUGGAGCAGGCCCUCCAGGAAAGCCUACAGCUGUCCACAGAGUCCAGGGGUCCAGAAUCUCCUCAGAAGACACCUCCAUCCCCUGCACCCCCAAGCUUUGAGGAGCAGCUUCGCCUGGCCCUGGAGUUGUCUUCAAGGGAACAGGAGGAGUUGGAGCGUCGGGGUCAGCAGGAGGAGGAAGACUUACAGCGGAUUCUGCAGCUGUCACUCACGGAGCACUGAGACACCUGGCCUUGGGACGCCUCCCCAGGGUCAUUCCUUCUGCCUGUUUUUGUAAUUUAUUUAUUUAUAAACUGUCUGCUGCUGAGCUUGGGGUCUGGGCACUGGAGGUAGGCUAGCAGUGAGAGUAAGGUGGAAAUAAAGAGACCAUCAGCAGUAGGCUUGCUGUCCUUGUGGUCUGGAGCCAAGGGGACACUGGAUGGGGUAUUACUGAUGGACAGUCCUCACUAGAGCUGGCACCCAGUGACUUUGGAUCCUCCGUUUCCACAGCUAUAAAAUAAGACUGCUUCCUCACAGGACAGGAGUUCCUGGAGAUUCUGACAUUUCUCCCUGGAUGCUACCGCAACCCCCGGUUCUGCCUGCCACCCAGCCUGAUGGUCCGUCCAUACUCCCACCAGAGAGAGGAAAGGGCUGAUUCUCCUGAUUCUACCUAAGGGGGAAAGAAAGCUCUCACUUGAUCCGCGAACCUCAGGCACAGAUUCCUACCCUGUUUGAAAUAUUUUCUAUCAGAAUGAACCUUUAAACAAGUCACUUCUGAGGGGAAAGGUCUUGGCCCUGUCCUGGUCACCACUAGGGUGGACCUGAGAUGCAUACAAGUUUGAGGGACUAUUGCUAAGACCCCCCAAAAAAGCCUUCUCUUCUCCCAGAUCUCCUCAGAGUAGAGGAAUGAUGCCAAGCAGAAGAGAACAAGUUUGGAGCCGGGCGGUGGUGGCGCACGCCUUUAAUCACAGCACUUGGGAGGCUGAGGCAGGAGGAUUUCUGAGUUCGAGGCCAGCCUGGUCUACAGAGUGAGUUCCAGGACAGCCAGGACUACACAGAGAAACCCUGUCUGGAACCACCCCCCUCCCCCAAAAAAAA